GUAUGAACAGCAGCAGCAGCGGAAUCGACUACAUCAGCAGCAAGUGCAACAGCACAAACAGCAGGUGCAUGAGCUACGGCAACAGCAAAAUCAGGUACAACAGCUACAGCAGCAGCUACAACAACAGCGACAUGAAUUACAGCAGCAGGAGCUACUACUGAAACGAGCACAGCUCGAAAUGCAGCUGCAACAACAGCAGCAACAGUUACAGCAAGCCCAACAGUCACAACAAUCCCAACAGCGGCAGCAGCAACAUGAACAUAAAUCCCACUCUCGCUCAGUCGACUUGAUUACACGCUCCCGCUUUGCGCAGCUCUCGUUGGAAUCCAAACGCAAGUUCAUCAGCCAGAAUCUCAGCAUUCUCGACUACCAGCUCUCGUUCUUGCGCGAGCUCGAUCCCGUCGUCUGCAACGAGCAGAUCCAGGAGUGGAACAAACAGUUAAAGAGACCCGGGCACACGCACACCUCUGCGUGGAAGAAGCCUGCUGACGACGAGGACUUUCAGCACUGGUACGCUAGGGCUGCGCAUUCGGAGGCGGCGAAUAUGUCGAAUGUGUCGGUGGGUGAGAAGCAGGUUGCCGGUCUGUUGACGCGGGAUCCUACUCAACUGCGUACAAUGGCGCAAAAGGAGCAGGAACGGCAACAAGCACUUUUCGGGCAGCAGCCUAUACCACAGCAGCAAAAUUCUUUGCAGUUGCAGCAGCCUCAACAACCACAGCAGUCGGGCGCACGGAUAGACGAUGCGGGCGUCUGGCUGGGCCCCAAUCGACCUGAAGAAACACAUACGGCUCGCAGAUUGCCUGUGUACCCACCGCCGUCGUCUUUUCAGUCUCCACAACUGCAACAGCAAACUCUACCACUACCGCAGCAACAGCAGCAACAGCAGCCAAAGAAUUUUCUCAAGUUCCCAGUACAGAGCAUUAUGCUGCCGUCUCAUCCAGAACAGCAACGACAAAUAGGUCAACAGCAACAGCAGUUAUCAAGAGUCCAGAGCACUGCGGAUCCUUUGGCGAUUCAGAGUCAGCCACUCAGCUCACCGUCUUUGUCUGGUGGGCCGCAGUCUGCGCAGCCGGAGCAAUUACAUGUUUUGGCACCGGAACAGGAAAAACAACUUGUUCAACCACAGCAGGAUCCGCAACAAUUGCAGGAACAGCAGAAGAGAGUGGAAGAUGUCAGUAAUCAUCCACCUCUACCUCCACCUCUACCAGCACCACAACCGCUAGCACAAACGCAGGCACAAACGCAGGCUCAACCGCAGGCUCAACCGCAGGCUCAACCGCAGGCUCAACCGCACGCAUCAGUCGGAAGUACGAGCUCGGCUGCUCCACCAGUAUCUGUGCCUCCACCGGUCGCGACUGAUUCGACGCCGGCGCGGGCUAGUUCCGCCCCUACUCCGGCUCUACCACCGUCUUCAGCAGUUCCUGCAGAGAAGCCCGAGCCAAGCCCGAAUUCGCAACCCCAAAUCGCUGCACAACCUCAAAAGAUCCCGCUUCCGAAUAUCCCUCUUGGACUGGACCACUACCCUACUCUCAUGAACAAAACCAACAUUGCAAGCGAAGUCUUACGAGUUCUUGGUCUAUCUCCCGAUAAGAAACCUCUGAAUUACGAUCUCCUGCCGUUGCAGAAGACGAAUCCGUUCUUUCUUGAUAGAAAUGCGGAUUUGAAGUUUUUAUUCGAAAAGAAUGUGGACUUUUGGGAUAAGUUAGAUCCGCCGGGCGAGAGAAUUGCGGAAAAGGUUGCUCCGGAGGCCCUGGAGAAGGCAGCAGAGAAUGAGGCUCCAAAGGCGGCAGAGAAAGAGGCUCCAAAGGCGGCGGAGAGAGAGGCUCCGAAGGCGGCGGAUAAGGCGGCUCCGUUUAUUAUCAAUCUGGACUCCGAUUCAGAUGACGAUAAGAAUGACCGGGAAGCAUCACAGAAAGCCCUGGCACCAACAUCAGCAGCAGCACCUUCUCUUCCUCCUGUUCCUGUGAAGGACACUGAGAAACUUCCUCCUCAGCCUACCCUUCCUGUGGAUAACGCGGAGAAACGUCCUUCUCAACCCUCUCUUCCUCGUCCUCCCGCAAACAAUGCGAAUCAGCGUCCUUCUUAUUUUCCACUUGCUGCGAAGAUCACUGAGAGACGCCCGACUGUUCCUGUGAAUAAUGCGGAAAGAAGGGUGCGCCAGGGUCAAUUACGGAUUGCUGUUCCAAAACGGCCUCCUUUUGAUAAUCGGUUCAGAGACACGCGUGAUCUUAUCAUUAAGUUCGAGUCCGAGUCUGAAAGUGAGGAUGAUGAUCCACCCCCAUCACAACCGCCACCUUCCGGUAAAACGUCUUCAGGAACAAGUGCAACGGCCAGUGUACAGCCUAUUCAGUCUACUCAGCCUGCUGCUUUAGCUAACUUGCCUGUUACGCUGCCUCGUCAAGCCGAACAAGCGGUGAAGCCAAGUGCGCCUGCGACAUCAUCUGCAGCCGUCAGUACGCCGGCGAAGGUCACAUCUGCACCUCCUCGACCUCUUCCGCGCACACCAUCUUCUUCAGAAUCCAUUACGAAGACCAGUGAUGUAUCUGCACAGCCUAAAGCUCCAGCAGGACCGCCCUCUGUAACGACACAGAAAGCACAGGAGCCAGCGACCAAGGCAAACACGACUGCAGCACCAUCAGAUUCCGGAAGUACGCGUGUGGAAGCACCGCGACCGCAACCCCCCACGUCUGUCUCUCAGCCAAAAACAGAUGCUCGUGCUCCUGCAACACCUCUACGAGGUGUUCACAAUACUUCCGCUACACCCUCUGACGCCCAGCAUGUACAACGGCAGCCAACGACGACAACAGCUUCUUCUUCCCCUCAACUUCCACCGGCAUCACAGAAGUCCACGCCUACGCAAACGUCAGCCAACAACGCGACGUUCCGUAAACCCGCGAUCCCCACACCGCAGUCUGCAAAGACACCGAAUGAGUCUCCGCGUCUUUUGCCUUAUGGGAAGCCCGCAUCUCAGAUUGCACCGCCGCCUCCACCACCUCAUCCAACCCCCAACACCACGCCCUCAUCCAAACUUGGUGCGAAUGAAAACAAUCGGCCUUCUAAUCCCAACGCUUUAGAUCAUCUAUCUGACGAGGCUCUAUUUGCAGCUUUGAGAAAUGCGAUAAAGAUUGGCGGACCUGUGAGAUCGCCUAGUGUCAACGGUACGCCGUCGAGAUCAACAAAUCAUCCAGCGCAUUCGUCAUCGCCUUCUACGACUAGUGCUCAGCAAAGAACAGCUGCUUCGAGCGCUAAGGAGCACGCAGACGGUAAAUCACAGUCUCAGCAGACAACGUCAAAAGCUGAGUCCCCUCGACUUCCGCCAGCUUCACAGAAAUCUCCAGCAGGACCUGCUCCGUUUAGGAAUGCGUCAGAGAAGUCUGGCUCCAGUGAGCUUUCGUCGUCUAGAGCGCAGGCUGCAAAGGUGCAAGAGCUUUCGCGUCCCGCGGUCUAUACGAAGCCUGCUAACUCGAUACCACCACCGCCACCGGGUCCUCCUCCACCUCCCGCAUCAAACGUCGACUCACCUCUACCAAUUUCCGGUUUCUUGAAGCGAAAGACAUCGCAAGUGAAAUCCGGUACGCCAAAACGAGUGCGGAUUCUCGAGCCAACUUCAUCAACUUCAUCGGCUUCGCCGGUUGGUAACGAUCAUAGGUCCGAUGCGAUUCACCGAUCGUUUGCUAUACCUGCAUCGAUUUCAUCGACUCCUGUACAUCCAUCGGUUGCUUUUCCCCCGUCGAGUCAUUUGCCUCGGACUGACGGUAAACCGGCUGAAGCAGCAGUGAAGGAGGCGAAGACGGCAGAGCCUGCAGCUGUUCCAUCCGGUCGCCCAGACGAAAAAGUAUCCAGCGCGACGCGACGCCUGAAGAGCUUGACGAUCGAAUCUCCUCUGCGCCCGACAGGCAUGCGUCCAUCGGUGCAUCCAACACCACGCACUGCUGCUGUGCCUAAGCGUUCGUAUUCGGGGGAGCCUUACGAGGCUUCAGACGGUGAUGGUCUCAUUGAAUUAGGGAGAAAACGGCCAAAGGUAACGCCACUUGGUACUCUCAGGAAUCCGUCGUCGUCGUCGUCAGUGCCGACGCUUAGUCCAGGCGCCAAGGACCCCGACAGGUCCAGGUCGUUUGAGUGCAAAUGGCCUGGAUGUGGUGCGCGCGAAGUAACGGCUAGCGAUGCACACACGGGCGCGACGUGGCGGCGAAUGGUGAAAGGCUCGCCGGUGCUGCUUCACUCGGCGGGAACUUUUCUGCGACACUUUAUCCAGAUGCACACGAAACCCGAGUCCUCAGACGCUCCCGUCGAAUGUCUCUGGCCCGGGUGCAAGUCCGACGACUCUGGCGGGAACCCGCAGCACGAGGAAAGGAAGAAAUUCGACAACAAUAUGGAUUUGAUUUCACACGUGCGCUCGGUACACCUGCGGCAGAUGGUCGGCGAUAACGGCGGAAGUCGCGGGCCAGAUAUCGAGAGCGCGGUCGCACAUUCGCGGAAGCGGAUGAAGGCAAUUGAAGAUUCGCUUAUCACGCCGCUGGCGUACCCCGCGCUCGACGAGAGCGUGUUUGAUGCGCUAGCGCAGCGGCAGCAGGCGCAGCAGUUUGAGCCGGAGGAGGAGCUGCGGUAUGUGGAUAAUGCGGAUGUGUUGAAGUCGAAUAAGUUGCUGUGGAAGGAGUAUGUCAGUAUGGCGCAUAUAGGCGCGGGAUGGGAUAGUGAGGUUGAGGAUGAUGUGGUGGUUUGAGCUUUUUUCUUUUCUUUCGGAUU